AUGUCAAACAUUUAUACGCAUAUUUAAUAAAUAGUGUAUCAUUCAUUAAAGAUUGAGAAGGCCUUGUACACUAAAUAUUCAUAAUAAAAAGUCAAAAAAUUUGAGGACUUUUUUUCAACAAAACCAGUAAAGUGGGUCAUAGAUUUCAAAGAUAACUUGCAUGUAAAGGAAAAUGAGGAGUAUUUAAAAAAGUAAUUCAAUUUGUAAUAUGAAUAUAGAUAUUAUCCAAGUACAAUACAAUCAAACAAAUUUAAGCAAUUAUUAGAGUAUUACAAAUAUCAUAAAGACAUACCAAGAAUGUUUUUUGGAUUCCUUGCAGAUAUGGCUACUUACUUUUAUGAGAAAAAAAAGUAAUUAUUUUCAUGAUAUCAAAUUUAGAAAAUAUGAAUACAGAAAGAUCAAAAUUUAACUAGGAAUUCCAUAUGAAUAAUCUAGUAUAAGCACAUGUAUUGAGUUUUCUGUAAUAAAUAGAAUAUGAAAAAUUAAAUGAAGAUAUUCAAGUAUUGAAUAGUAUAACAAAGUUGAGCGAGAAAUCUGCGAAAUCUCUUCUAAGAUAAAUAAUCAAAUUCUAAAAGGAUGAAGAUUAUAUUGUAAUUAGUCUAUUUACUAUUUUAGAAUAUAGAUGAAACUUGGUUAACAAUGCAAUAAUAAAUUUAAACAGAAAAAAACAAUUAAAAAUAACUAUCGAAAUAACCAACUUAGAAUUUGAAAUUAUUGAAGUAAUUAGUCAUAAGAAACAAUCAAUUAAAUAAAGAUAAGUUAAAAUUAAACUUGCCAUUUAAUUUGAUAACUGGAAAAGUUUAAUCAAAUAUUAGAAAUUCCUAAAAGUAAUCUCCAGAACGGCCUAUUCCAACCUAAAAGUCAUCCUCGUAAUAACACAUUAAUAGCAGUUAAGAAGAGAAUGAAUUUUAAAAAUUCAUGAAAGCCAAGAUCAUAAAACUAUCUUAAGAUAAUAAGAUAAAAAUCCAAAAAAUAUUCUCGAAUAAGGUUUAUCAAAACAAUUGUAAUAGCAACUAAGCUAAACAUAGUAGUGCUCACUUUAUUACUAGUACUAGAAGUGUUUCAUCAGAACAAUUAAAAACAGAAUAAAUGCGUUUAAGUUAAAUUAUAAAUUCUGGUGGUAAUAAUCAAAGUCAACCUAAAUUAUUUAAUUACAUUACACCUUUACAUAAAAAAUCUAAUUCACAGUAAUCAUUAUAGACAGAAUUCACACCUGCCAAAAAGGAAUCAAAACUUAUUAAAAUAUACUCUAACAAUUUUAGUAGCAAGAUCAAGACUUAACCUAAAAAGACUCCUGAAAAAUUAAGAUAGUUUUAUAAAGCAAGUGCAUAAACAUCUCAGAAUAGUUCUUAAAAGAAUCUUAUGAAAAAUCUCGACAAACUUUCCUCCUUUUAACAAUUUAAAAUUAUGUUGGAGAGUCCUCAACCAAAAUAAAAAAAGAAAUUAUAAUUACAUAAUACAGAUACAAUCAGAUUAUAAACAGAAUACAAACAAAUUACAAAGAGACAAUCUAUUACACUAACUCAUAAUAAAAUAAAUGGAAAAAUUAUCAUCAAGAAAUAAUGA